UCUUGCCAUGUAGUUCAGGCUGGCCUUGAACUCACUACAUAGCCCAGGUUGGCCUUGAACUUGCAGUAAUCCUCCUGCUUCAGCUUCCUGAGUCACAGGUGUGUGUGUUCCACACACCUACAAGCCAGUUUCUGCAGUUCACUUGCCAAAGGGGGCUGACUGUAUAUACAUGAGGGAAGAUCUUUGCUGUGAGUCUCUGAGACUGAAGUUGGCUGUUGAGACAUGACAGGGUGUGAUCACAGUGGAUGAUGGCUGACUGGCCCUGCUCUAAGCAGGACAUUGACCCCCUAUUUUUGUGCUGUGGGAGGGCAAACUCAAGAAGGUCCCAGUGGGCUGGGCCUGACUACCCUAGGAUCGAUCCAACUCCUUCCCAGGACAAAUGGGACAUUCUCAGCUUCGCUAUCAUCACGCUUGCAGUUCUUCAUUAAGGAAGUCAAUAUCUUCUCUGUCACCUACACUCUCAGUUAUUCCUUAAUUUUACAUGGCCAUGCAGGAGAAAUACUCAAAUGAGAGGACAUCUCACAUUAAUUCACCAGGUUCCAAUGUGAUUCAAAAAGGAAGCUCCCUGGGGACUGAAUGGCAAACUCCAGUUCUCUCAGAGGCCUUUCGGAGCCGCUUUAGCCGCUGUUCAAGUGUAGCUGACAGUGGGGACACAGCCAUUGGUACAUCAUGCUCAGACAUUGCAGAAGAUUUUUGCAGCUCAAGUGGCAGCCCUUCUUUUCAACCUAUUAAAAGCCACAUAACCAUUCCAACAGCCCAUGUGAUGCCUUCUACUUUGGGGACCUCUCCUGCCAAGCCAAAUUCUACAUCUGCUGGAUCAUCUUCUUCAAAACUUCCUUUGUCAGGAUUGGCUGAAAGUGUGGGGAUGACAAGAAAUGGAGACUUUGGUGCAGUGAAACGUUCUCCAGGCCUGUCUAGAGAUCUCAUGUAUCUUUGUGGUGCUACAGGGGAAAAUGGAAUCGAGCAGUCUCACUGGUUUCCAGCAGUGGGCCAUGAAAGAGAGGAGGAGAUGAGGAAGUUUGAUGUUCCUAGCAUGGAACCUACUCUCAAUCAGUCCACCAUGAUUGAUACACUUUAUUCAGAUCCCCACUACCGAGUGCACUUCCACAACCCAAGAACUGAUCCAAACAAGGAAGUGUAUAAAGUAUUACCUGAGGCUAAGAAGGCACCAGGCAGUGGGGCAGUAUUUGAGAGGAAUGGACCACACUCUAACAGCAGUGGAAUGCUCCCUUUGGGAUUCCAGCCUGCUCCUGGACUCUCCAAGCCUCUAUCUUCUCAAGUGUGGCAACCAAGUCCUGACCCUUGGCAUCCUCGAGAACAGUCUUGUGAACUCAGUACUUGUCGACAGCAGCUGGAAUUAAUUCGUUUACAGAUGGAGCAAAUGCAGCUUCAGAAUGGAGCCACCUGCCAUCAUCCUGCUGCUCUUCCUCCUUUAUUGCCCACCAUAGAACCAGCACAGUGGGUCAGCAUCUUCAACAGUAAUGAACACCUUUUGAAGGAAAAGGAACUUCUCAUUGACAAGCAGAGGAAACACAUUUCUCAACUAGAACAGAAAGUACGAGAAAGUGAGCUGCAAGUCCACAGUGCUCUUUUGGGUCACCCUGCCCCCUUUGGGGAUGUCUGCUUGCUGAGACUGCAGGAAUUGCAGCGAGAGAACACUUUCUUACGUGCACAGUUUGCACAGAAGACAGAUGCCUUGAGCAAAGAAAAGAUCGAGCUUGAAAAGAAACUUUCUGCUUCAGAAGUUGAAGUCCAGCUCAUCAGAGAAUCUCUCAAAGUGACACUACAUAAGCAUUCAGAGGAGGGGAAGAAACAGGAAGAAAGGGUCAAAGGUCGUGAUAAACAUAUCAAUAAUUUGAAAAAAAAAUGUCAGAAGGAAUCUGACCAGAACCGUGAGAAACAGCAGCGUAUUGAAACCUUGGAGCGUUACUUGGCUGACUUACCUACACUAGAAGAUCAUCAGAAGCAAAGCCAGCAGCUUAAGGAUUCUGAGUUGAAGACUGCAGAGUUGCAAGAGAGAGUGACUGAGUUGGAAAGUUUGCUGGAGGAGACCCAGGCAACCUGCAGAGAGAAGGAGAUUCAGCUGGAAAGCCUGAGGCAGAGAGAAGCAGAAUUCUCAUCCACUAAACAUAAAGUCCUUGAAGAGGCCAUGUCUUUCAGCUUGCAAGAUAAGCAGUCUGUGGAAGGAGCUGAUGGAGAAGAUCCCAAAGUGGAAAUAGUGUCCCUGCAGAAGGAAUGUGACUCUCUCCGAAAGAUUGUGGAGAAGCAACAGCAAAAGAUGGAUCAGUUGAGCUUACAAGUACAGAGCCUAGAGCAGGAAAUUGUUCAAGAAGAAGGAACAAAUCAGGCCCUGAAAGAAGAGGCCCAGCGGAGGGAGUCAGCUCUGCAGCAGCUGCGUACAGCUGUGAAGGAGCUCUCAGUGCAAAACCAGGACCUGAUUGAGAAGAAUCUGACACUGCAGGAACACUUGCGCCUGGCCCAACAAAGGUCCCCAUCUUCAGAUGCAGCCCAGCUAGCAUUUGAGCUGCACCAAGAGUUGGCCAGUUGCCUUCAAGAUUUGCAGGAUGUCUGCAGUAUUGUGACCCAGAGAGCCCAGGGCCACGACCCCAAUCUGUCUCUGCUCUUGGGCAUUCACUCCAUACAGCACCCAGGAGAGACUCAGUCAGAUUUGCAGAAGCCAGAAGUGAUCAAGAGAAAACUAGAAGAGGUUCAACAACUACGUCGGGACAUUGAGGACUUACGGACCACCAUGUCAGACAGAUAUGCCCAGGACAUGGGAGAAAACUGUGCAACACAGUGAGGAGUGCUGGGGGUGGACAGGCUGUAUUUCCUUAGGAGAACCUGAGCUGCUACGAGCCUGGCCAGCAGGUUCCAACCCUGACAGUCUUACCUCCUGCCCGCUGCUAUUUCCUAGAGAGGAGUCUGAGAGGUAGAGAGGGAACACCUUGCCUCUGGGGGCCAUGGACUGUUGAAGGAAGGAGUGUACCUGCCCCUGCCUUAGACUAGCUUUGGCUUUCUUGGUUAUGUUAUGUUUGUCCUCUUAACCUAAUUUACCUUUUGAGGUGAGUUACUUUUUCAGGUUCAACAGAUAGGUCUUUAUGUUCCUAGCUCUAUACUGACACUGCAAUCUGCUUACCUCCUUUCUCUGUCAUCCAAGAUGGAUCCAUAUUCAUUCCUACUCCAUUUUUUGGUUCUGCUGAUCCUAGAACUCAUUAGAGAGGCCUAGAAAGGCCAAAGAUAAGUAGCGAUGACCAUUAGAGAAUUCUCAGGCUUCAUGUGCCACUCUUUCUGAAACUGGAUUGGCUUUUGGGAUUUUCUCAACCCAGUCCCAUAACUUCUUCCUCAGGGCUGUAGUUCUCACAGAAGCCUCAGGGUGACCUGUUCAUUAGCAAAGCAACCACUAGCAGUGGGUGCUUAGAGAUUAUAGUUACAGGUCUUUAAUCUGUCUGCCAUGCUUUUUUUUAUCUAUUGGAGAUCCACUCUUCAACUGCCCUGUGUCCCUGGAGUCCUGGCCAUGUGGUUUGUAUAGCAUCUUCCUUUGUUCUCAGGCUUCCAGGUACUCCUUUCUUGGGCUUUGAGUGUAAAUUCUUCACUGUGGUUCAGGGGUUGGGUAGAAUUUUCCCCCAGGCCACCAAGUUAACUAACAAGUUACUGCUUUCCCUUCCCCCCAGGACCUAUACUAGGCCCUCUUGUGCUUGUUACGUUUGGGGAAGUUCUCUCCCUUUUCUCUUCUGGUCUCCAGGACAGUACCCAGUGUGGGUCAACUUUAAGAUACAGCUUUCAGUGUUUCCUGAAGUUUUUUUGUUUGUUCUGGUGUCUUUGGACCCUCUGCUUUCUGGGUUUUCUUGCCUCUGGGUUUAGGAAGCAUCUCCCAGUUGUUAGCAUCAGACUGUUGGGCCAGCCCCAGACCUCGAAAUCUGGAGCCAGGCCAAGCAGGGGCCAUGUUUGGAUUCUGAGGAGCAAAGCAUUUCCGGAGCCUAAAGACAGCCACAAGACUUUGGGCUGUUGGCAGCAUCCCGGACCUCACUCUGGGGCCUGAAUGAGCCUCCUUCUUAAGUGUUUUUACAAGUUUGUGUUUUAUUUGUGGAGUGACUUAUCCCUUCCAUUCAGAGCGGCCCCGCCUGGCUGGCCACCCCUUCAGCCUCUGGGCUCCUGCCUCUUAAAGCAGAGCUGCCUGGUUGGUCUCCACCCUGUGUUGGGAGCCCAGCCACCAUGCUCAGGGGUAUUUUUCCUUGUAAAGUUUAUAAGCAGUUAUUUAUAUGAAUAUUUGUUAUGUCAACUGGUUUGUAUUGCCUAUUUUGAUUACAGAAUAAAAUAUUUAACAGAUA